AUGAAAAUCAUAUCCUAUAAUGUCAGGGGCUACAAUGCCCCUGAUAAACAUCGAUUGAUCAAGCGAGGUUUGGAUCAAUUAUGGCCAGAUGUUGUUUUCCUUCAAGAAACAAAGUUGGACAAUGGGGAAAAGAAGUCUCUUUUGGGAUCCUGGAAGCAGUGGUCGAGGGCCUUUGUGGAUUCGGUAGGAGCCUCAGGAGGUUUGGGUAUCCUCUGGCACAAAAAUAUUCAUAAGGUGGAGGAAGGUUUGGCCUCCAAUAUGUGGCAGGGAUCUGGAAGGGGGUCUCUUAAUCAUUGGGGGGAUUUAAAUGCUAUUUUGGAGCUGAGUGACAAACUGGGGGGCAACGGUGAAAUUCCAACGAACCUUGCACACUUUCAAAAUUUUGUGACAGAAAAUGGACUAAGAGAAAUCAAGUCCAAGGAAGGCCAUUUUACGUGGUCAAAUUGUAGGAUCACUGGACAACAUGUUGCAGAGAAGCUGGACAGAUGCCCCUUUAAAUUUGAGAAAAUGUGGUUGAGGGAUCAAAACUUGAGGGAUUUAAUCAAUGGUUGGUGGUCAGGGGCUCCGGAGGUGAGUGGAACUAAGGCUUUCAUUUUUGUUAAGAAGCUGCAAUUCAUCAAGUCUAAACUUAAAGAAUGGAACCGAGUGAAGUUUGACAAUAUUUUUGCUAACAAAAGAGAAUUGGAGGACAGAUUAGCAAGCUUGCAAGAAGACAUCAUUCAAAUGGGGGUGACAUCAGAGAAAUUUCUGCAGGAACGAGAACUUAAAGGACAAUAUAGUGAAUUGUUAGCUAGAGAGGAGGUUUUUUGGAGGCAAAAAUUGAGAGAGUGCUGGCUUAAGGAAGGGGACAGAAACAUUAAAUUCUUUCACAACUCGGUAAAGGUGAAAAGAUCUAGGAACAAAAUCAUGUCCAUCCUUAAUAAAGAGAAUGCAGAACUAGACAAAAUGGAUGAUAUCAAUAAAGAGGCAGUAGAUUUCUUUCUAUCUCUAUUAUCUAAAGAUAAGGAUCCCGAGCUGGAACAACAACAAGAAGGGUUGAAUGUUAUCCCAAAGUUGAUAACAGAUGCACAAAAUUAG